UCAGUGCUACACAGCAGGCUCUCAUUGCUAAUAAUUUUAAAGGUCGCUUUCCAUUUACAGUUAAUACAAAAUAUUGGCUAUAUUCCCCGUGUUGUACAAUAUAUCUUUGAGCCUGUCUUAUACCCGUUAGUUUGUACCUCCCCUUCCCCCACUCUUAUCUUGCCCCUCUCACUCUCCCUAUAGGUAAGCACUAGUUUGUUUUCUAAAUAUGUGAAUUGUCUUCUUUUAUGUCUUCUUUUGCUUCAGAAUUAUUGGAAGAGACAGCAUGGGUGCAAGCAUAUAGCACAGAGCCCAGCCUGAAGGGUUCUUCAGAGACCCUGGCUUUCUCUCCAGAAAAGAGACGCGUCAUAAUCCAAGACUGCUGAAGAAAAAUUUCUGCAGUACAUAAAAUUCUGCCUGUAGGAAUAAAGAGAAGAACAGUAUGCACCUUUCCUUUUAAAUGUUUUCUAUUUUUCUUCCCUCUUUCAUGUGAUGGUGGAUAAAUGGCAGGCAAAAAGCGAGAACUUCAGUUACAGGCAGUCAUCGAUAAUCAAAGCCUGUGGGAUGAGAUGUUGCAGAACAAAGGCCUGACAGUGAUUGAUGUGUACCAAGCCUGGUGUGGACCUUGCAAAGCCAUGCAAACUUUAUUCAGAAAAUUGAAAAAUGAGCUGAAUGAAGAUGAAAUGCUGCAUUUUGCUGUAGCAGAAGCUGACAGUAUUGUAACUUUGCAGUCAUUUAGAGAUAAAUGUGAACCUCUUUUUCUCUUCAGUGUUAAUGGCAAAAUUAUUGCAAAAAUCAAGGGUGCAAAUGCACCACUUGUUAAUCAAAAGGUUAUUACCCUGAUCAAUGAGGAGAGAAAAAUCGCAGCAGGUGAAAUGGUCCGCCCUCAGUAUCAUGAAGUUGCACUUGUAGACUCAGAUUCAGAAGAUGCUGGGGAAACAGGCUAUGAAAAUGUUGAUGAACUAUACAGUAUUGUUAUUAUCAAUCCCGAUGCUGUGAAUGCUAGAAAAGUUCUAGAAAUUAAAGACAAAAUUAUCAACACGCAAUUCGUCAUAGAAGCAGAGGAUAAGAGACUGCUCACAGCAGAACAAGUAAGGUACUUCUAUAGUCAAAAGGCAGACGAGCCUGACUUUGAAGAUUUUGUUUCUUUUAUGACAAGUGGCCUCAGCUACAUUCUAGUUAUAUCUCAGAAAAAGGAAAAAGAGCCUCCCCAGGAUGAAAGUGAAGCUAAUUCUGAGACAGAAGCUAGAGAAACAUGGGACGACCAGCAGGAGAUGGCCAAGUGCGUGGGGAUGAAGCAUAAGCAGGACAGUUUACAAGAAUAUAUGAGAAGACAACAUCUAUCUCAGUUUUGUGAUGUUGAAGAGAAUAUAACUAAUACUACACUUAUUGACAUCUUCUUCCCUGAUUUUAAAAUAAUGAAAGGCAUAAAAUUAGAAAAGAUACUGGCAUUGCUUCGACCAGAUCUCUUUCAUGAAAAGAAAGAGGAUGUGUUGAAUAUUAUUCAAGAUGAAGGCUUUAAAAUAAUGAUGCAGAGACAAAUAGUAUUAUCAGAAGAGGAAGCCCAAACACUGUGCAAGGAAUAUGAAAAUAAAGAUUAUUUUGAAAAUCUUAUCAAAAACAUGACCAGUGGUCCAUCUCUAGCUCUUGUUUUAUUAAGAGAUAAUUGUUUAAUGCAUUGGAAACAGUUAAUUGGACCAAGCACUGUUGAAGAAGCCAGAGAACAUCUCCCAGAGAGUUUAUGCAUACGAUUUGCCAUGGAAAGUUCACCUAUCAACCAGUUGUAUGGAAGUGAUUCAUUAGAAGCUGCUGAAAGGGAAAUACAGCAUUUCUUUCCUCCUCAACACACGGUAGCACUGAUUAAACCUCAUGUAUCACCAGAACAAAGAGAGGAUAUCCUGAAGCUUAUUAAAGAGGCUGGGUUUGACAUAACACAGGUGAAGGAAGUGCUCCUAACUGAAGACCAAGCAGACAAAGUUUAUUUUAAAAUAAAAGGAAAAGCAUUUUAUAAAGAUGUAUUGGAAAUUUUAUCUGAGGGUCCAUCUUUGGUCAUGAUUCUGACCAAAUGGAAUGCAGUGUUAGACUGGAGACGAUUGAUGGGCCCCACAGACCCAGAGGAAGCAAGACUACUGUCUCCGAACUCUGUCCGAGCCCAAUAUGGAAGAAAUAUUUUGAGAAAUGCUGUCCACGGAGCCUCUAAUACCCUAGAGGCAAUGGAGACCAUUAAUAAAAUGUUCGAAGGCUUUCUUGCUGAGAAUCCUGAGGAAAACUAAAGGCAGACUCACACAUGACACCUGUAUGGCUCUGGCUGCUGACUUGAAUAUGACUACACAGCUUCUUCACAUGGGGAGUGCUGCCCCCGCCUGGACAAGCCAAACUGAGACUCAGCCUCCAGAGCAUAACGAGGAAGCAACACAAAAUGGAGAAUCCCCUCCACGUCCAGCCAGGUUCCUCAAGGAGAGAAGUACAUGCCUCCCUAAUAUUAUCAUUUAGGCUAUAAUUUCUCCAGGUAUAAGAACACUAUCCAAACAUGAGCUGUGUAAAAUAAAAGCAAAUUCUGGCACAGAGCAUUCCAUUCGUCUGACUCAGUAUUAGACCAGAGCAUGA